UUCGUGUCAUAAACUAUGACUGCAGUGACUCUGCAAGAUUGAUGUCUUUCUUGUAAGGACCUAACUUUCAAAGGGGCAAAGCAUACUUACAAUGAUGUGAUGGAACUUAGAAGGAAGAAAAAAAGAGCUCCCUGAAGAUGCCUGGCUUAUAUUGCUUCAAACUGUCUGGACACUUGCUGUUUAACUGCUGAAGCUUUCCUACCAUUUGUUUUUCUCCUGAACCCUUAAUCUAUUGAGGAAUCGGACGUGGCUGCUAUGGAAUCAAGACCAACUAAAACAUGAGAAGAUGUAUUCAAGAUGAUCCAGCCAGAUUUUUCACGUCAUAGAGAUCUUAUUUUUGUUCAAUAUGUAAUAUAAUUUGACAAAGCCAAGUUCAGUUACUUCUCUUGAAAUUAAGACACACCUGUGGCCUUCAUCAGAAAUGUUUCUAACAUUUUCAAGAAAAAAUAUGUCCCAGAAACUGAGUAUGUUUUUAUUAGUUUUUGGAAUCAUUUGGGGUUUGAUGUUGCUACGCUACACUUUUCAGUAUCCAAGACGCCAAAGCAGUGCCGAGUUGCGUGGACAGAUACUAGAUCUAAGUAAAAGAUAUGUCAAAGCACUGGCAGAAGAAAAUAAAAAUUUAAUGAACGGUGGCGGUGGAGCCUCUAUGGCAGGAUAUGCUGAUCUUAAGAGAACAAUUGCUGUUCUUCUGGAUGACAUCUUACAACGCCUCGUGAAAUUGGAAAACAAAGUUGAUUACAUCGUUGUGAAUGGCUCAGCAACAAAUACCACUAAUGGAACUAGCAAUCAGGUGCCAGUAACUUCAAAUAAACGUGUAAAACCAGCAAGCAACAUUAGAUAGCAAACAGGGCCAAUGUGUGUUGCUGCAUCUAUGAUAGGUAAUAUUUAAGAUAAGCUUUUUAUUUCUGGCUAGGGCAAAGCAGUAGUUGACUCUAAAAGAAGCGUAAACUAUUCUGUUAUACAAUGUGCUGGAUCUGUGUAGGCCUAACUUAAUGUGCAUAGGUUCUCAAAGCAUUAUUUCAUUGCCUUUGAGCAGUACUUCUGAAGUGAUCUUUGUUGUCUUUAAGGAUAUUUUGGUAUCAUGAUUUGAUGUAGUAUGCCAUUGGAUAAUAAUAAUAAAUGGAAAGCAAUGGGGAACUUAUGGGUAGGUUUCUAAAUAUAUUUAUUUAAGUAUAAAUAUAACAUAUCUUUUGGAUAGGUGAGCAGUAUUGUAGCUUAUUCAUUUUUUGUGAUCUGCGUUAAGCCAAGGUAACUGAGGAAAACGCAUUGUUAAACAGGUGUUAGAAAAUGUAUAUACUUACAAUAUUUUGUUACUCAUUUACUAAAACAAUAUUAAAUUGAGGAUAGCAUUGGCGGAAAUAUUUUAAAAUUGUGACCCAAAGAAUGUCUUUAUUUGCACUAUCUGUCAGAAUAGCUAGAGAAAAUUUACUGUAUAUUUAAGAAAAUUAA